UUGUCCCGUACGUCUUUCUAGAUUAUUCACAGUGAGUUUCAACUUCUGAUGCUCCAGAGUCUAGUUUUGAGGCGAAAGCAUUGAAUAAAAUCUAGCAAAUUGUCAAAUGUAUGACGACUUCCUGGUUUUCUUGUGAAUUGAACAGUACACGUCUCAUACAGGAGGAUUACAAGUUGAUAGAGAAAGCGGAAAGGAAAAAAAAGUAGUAGAAAAUGGGCAAGAGAACUGUGGUGAACGCCAACGUGACAGACAUUGAGAAAAGGAGAGAACCAACAAAACAUUAUGUCUACAUCAUUCAUGUGACUUGGUCAGAUGGGUCUGUUAAUGUGGUCUACAGGAGGUACAGCACUUUCUUUGACUUUCAGAACAAACUUUUGUCUAAGUUUCCAGAGGAAGCUGGUGCAAACAACCCAUCUUCAAGAUGCAUACCCUUCCUCCCAGGCAAGAAGCUGUUUGGAAGAAGUCAUAUACGGGAAGUUGCUCUGAAGAGACUCUCCCCAAUAGAUGAAUACUGCACAGCGUUGGUAAAGCUACCGGGAAAGAUAUCCGACAGUAAGGAAGUCAUCAAUUUCUUCACACCUACGCCUGAGGAUGUAAGCCCGCCCUCGCCAGAUGGUGGAGGAGAGUCAACAAGAGGAAGAGCCGACAUUGGAAACAUCUCCGAGCCCAUUCAAGCAGAGCAGUAUAUAGUGGUAGCAGACUACAAGAAACAACAGAAGAAUGAAGUGGAAUUGACAGCAGGAGAUCUGGUAGAAGUCUUUGAGAAGAAUGAUAAUGGUUGGUGGUUUGUGACUGUUCAUGAUCAGCAUGGCUGGGCUCCAGGGACCUUCCUGCAGAAUCCUGAUGGGCAGGAGGAGGAGGAUGAAGAGACACUCAUACCAGGAAACGAUGAGAGUUACAUCACGAACAACGCCUACCAGGGACAGGCUGAAGAUGAAAUAUCGUUUGAGACGGGCGUGGUCGUUACCGUUAUCCAGAAAAGCUUGGAUGGAUGGUGGAAAGUCAGCUACCAGGGAAAGCAAGGGUGGGCACCAGCCACCUUCCUACAGAUCUACAAAGGACCAUCGGGGGUCACUCCCAAGCAUCCUACGCAGAGCAUCGGUAAUGUGAUGCUGCUCAAGAGUGGGAGUGAUAGUAAACCCAAACCAGGUCCAGGACCAGGAUCUUCCGGUAGACCUCAACCUCCUGUGCAACCCAGAGAUGAGCCAGGACAACUCUAUUCAAAUUAUGAUGCAGAAGUAAAGCCAACACCCCCAAGGAGAGCUACAGUCAAGGAUAAUGAGAGAGAAGGAGUCUCCAUCAGGUCCGUUCUGAGGAGACUCAGGAGAACCAAAAGCUGUGGUAGUGAGAAAUCAGUUCGGAGGGGUGGGGUUCGCCAGACGAAGCCCAAACUCAAGAAGGUGAUGGAACACUACACCACAGAUAGCUUCCAAGGUGCUGCAGGAGAGGGGAGCAUAUCGUUUGAAUCAGGACAAAAAGUAGAGGUGCUGGAAGAGAAUGAUGGAGGAUGGUGGUAUGUAAAGAUGAAUGGACAGGAAGGCUGGGCGCCCUCUAACUACAUUGAGAAGCGUGAAGUGAGCAGCAGGAUCAAUGGAAAGCCAUCAUUAGGUAACCUUGAUGAAGAGACAGGGGAGGAUAAGGUACCUCCCGUGCUCCCUGCGAGACCGGCCUUUGGUAGCGGUGGUAGCGGUGCUUUCAAACCUGUCGCUAAGAAAUCAACACCACCACCUGUCGACCGCUCCAACAGCCCCUCGUUUACUAAUCGCAAAGCAGUCACAAACAAUGGCCGAGGAGGAGGAGAUGGGGUGAGAAGAGGGAGUGGAGGUGUGGGUGCUGGUGGUAAUAUGAUGGCUGCCUUGAAGAAACAACUUGAGAAGUCUUCCGUUGGAGAAUCAUCGUCUCCUGCCAUUCCAGCAAGGCCGGGCGUCGCGCCCAAACUCUCCAAGCCAACGGCCCAACCGUACUGCAACAGAGACGCGGCUUACAUCACUACCAGUAGUUACGUGAACGAUGAGAAUGAUGGACUUAGUUUCAAGGAAGGGCAGAGGGUAGAGGUGAUCAAGAAAGAUGAUAGCGGAUGGUGGUCGGUCAGGAUAGGAAACACGGAAGGAUGGGUACCAAAUACUUUCUUAGAAAAAAUAUGAGAUCAAUAGACACUAGAAACUUUUGUAGAUAUACACAUAAUACACAGUCUUGUUGUGUAGUAGAAGCGUGA